AUGUUACACAUGGCUCCAAAUCUGAAGUUAAGAUUAGGGGUUUCCUUGUUGUUUAUACUGUUGAGCUUUCUUGUAAUUGGAAAUUCGAAUGCGGAAUUAGAAAAUGAAGUUUUGCAUAGUAAGGUAAGAGCUGCUCCACAUAAGGAUGUUGGAUCCGUUGUAAUUGAUGGUACUGGUGUAGAGAAUGCCUAUAAGGUUGAGAAUGGAAAUAAUGUGGUGGGUAAUAAGAAGGGUGGAAGCAAUAGAGUUUCGGUUUCGACGGUUGCGUUAUUUACAUUGGCAAUGGCAGCUGCCACUGGUUUAGGUGCAGUGCCCUUCUUCUUUGUAGAACUUGAUCCGCAAUGGGCUGGGUUGUGUAACGGAAUGGCUGCAGGUGUUAUGUUGGCUGCAAGUUUUGAUUUAAUACAGGAAGGGCAGGAGUAUGGUUCUGGAAGCUGGGUUGUUACUGGAAUUCUAGCUGGUGGAAUCUUUAUUUGGCUAUGUAAGAAGUUUCUUGAGCAAUACGGGGAAGUAAGCAUGUUGGAUUUAAAAGGUGCUGAUGCAACCAAAGUUGUUCUUGUUAUUGGAAUAAUGACUCUUCAUUCUUUUGGGGAGGGAUCUGGGGUUGGGGUCUCCUUUGCUGGCUCAAAGGGUUUUAGUCAAGGCCUGUUGGUAACCUUGGCUAUUGCGGUACACAACAUACCAGAGGGAUUAGCUGUGAGCAUGGUGCUUGCAUCAAGGGGUGUUUCUCCACAGAAUGCUAUGUUAUGGAGCGUAAUUACAUCUCUACCGCAGCCAAUUGUAGCUGUUCCUUCUUUCAUUUGUGCGGAUGCAUUCAGCAAGUUUCUUCCUUUUUGUACGGGAUUUGCUGCUGGAUGCAUGAUUUGGAUGGUUAUUGCUGAAGUACUCCCUGACGCAUUCAAGGAAGCUUCACCUUCGCAGGUUGCAUCAGCUGCAACCCUUUCUGUAGCAUUUAUGGAAGCUCUCAGCACCUUCUUUGAGAACUUCACCCAUGAUUACAACUCUGAGGAUGCUUCUGGCUUCUUUGUUUCAUUACUUUUUGGCCUUGGCCCGUUCCUUGGCGGGAUUUUACUGGUUGCAUUUGCUCUUGCUUUUCAUCUCAAGCACGCUCUUCUCAUGGGCACUGCUUGCGGUAUUGCCUUUGUCCUUGGUGCAUGGCGACCCUUACAGCUUAUUUUGUCUUCAAAAUUGGGACUUAUUCCCGUCACUUCUCUCCUUGCAAUGGGAGCCGCUUUGAUCCACAUGUCUUCUUCUGGUGUAUUGAAGCUUGCUGCUUCAAAAAAAACCUCAGCCCAUAGCUUACCUACAAUCACCGGCUUCCCACUCAGUAUUCACACCCUUCAAUCUUUCAUAUCAUGUGGCACAGUUGCUUUUCACGCUCUGGCCGAAGGACUUGCAUUGGGAGUGGCUGCACCAAAGGCAUAUGGCCUUGGUCGUUAUAUGGUCCUUCCAGUCUCCUUACACGGGCUUCCUCGUGGUGCAGCUGUGGCUAGCUGUAUAUUUGGAGCCACUGAUAGCUGGCAUGGUUCUCUUGCCGCAGCUGCCAUAAUUGGAUUCAUGGGUCCGAUAUCUGCAAUCGGAGCUAUUCUUAGUGGUAUUGAUUAUAGUGGUCUUGAUCACAUUAUGGUUCUUGCCUGUGGGGGAUUAAUCCCUAGCUUUGGCAGUGUAGUUAAGAGAUCGCUUAGUUUGGAUAAACGGAAAAGCACUUUGGGCCUUAUCAUAGGUAUCGGUUUUGCUACUUUAUGUCUAACAUUCACUAGAUUGGUUUGCUUACACACACCAUACUGUAAUUCUGCGCCAGAGGCUGUUAGAUAA